AUGGAACAGCUUUAUUCGUUUAAUAUAGGUAAGAGAUCACGAAGUAAACUUUUUAGAACAGAAAAUGUUUAUGUGACCGUGGAUUUUCAUCAAGGCUGGUCAAGAAUUUCACCCCAAGAUGUACCAAGACAGUUAUUUUUCACUUUUGAGAAAUUGAUUAGAGAGAUUGCAGAGCAGGUAGAAUGUAGUCCAACGGAUUACUUACGUUUUUCUCUUCAUCACCCAGGCUUGAAAACCCCAGCUUUCAUCCCCUUUCAACAAUACGCAAACGUUUCGGCUCUUCAGCUGUUAAACAAAGUCGCCACGAUUCUUCAAUCCAACGACCAGUUUCGGCUUGAUGAACGAAUGAGUUUAGAGGUAUGCCAUGUUAAUCCACCCGAUGGUGUGGGUUCCGGGGGAGAUCAAGUUUGUAAACGCAACGUGGGUGAUUUUGGCGAAUAUUUGAAGAGGAAAAAAUGCCUGGUCACCAUCAAGAACCAAGACGGCUUAUGCUUUCAGCGCGCCAUCGUCGUGGCCAAGCAUUAUGCCAUCAAAGUACACACGAAAGAGUGGGAAGCUACACGCGAAAAACUAAGGAAAACGGGACCCAACAGUUUCCAAACGAGAAGGGCACAUCGUUUAAUUGAAAAAGUAGGCGGAUCGAUGGAUAGCUGUCGAGGACGGGCGGAUUGGGAAUUAUACGGCAAAGUUUUAGGCAAAGAAGGAUACCAACUAAAUAUCAUAGAGGGCAUUGGCGCUCAAAAUACACCACGGUGA